GAGUGGGUUUCGGAGAUGUCGUGGGUGCAGGCGGUGCCUGCGGCCCUCGGGGCUGGGGUGGACGGGGAUGUGUUCGACGAGGACGCGGACGAAUCGCUCUUGGUGCAGCGAGAGUGGCAGAGCCACAUGCAGAGACGAAUCAAAGAAGGUUAUAGAGAUGGGGUAGAUGCUGGCAAAGCGCUGACUCUUCAGCAGGGCUUCAAUCAAGGCUAUAAGGAAGGCGCAGAAGCCGUUCUCAACUAUGGACAGCUCAGAGGAACGUUGAGUGCUUUGCUCGCCUGGUGUCACCUUCAUGACAGUACUGCACCUUUAAUGGGUAAAAUUCGGGAUCUCCUGGAUGCAGUUGGCCAGUGUGAAGAGUGUGUGCUCAGACGGCUGGACGCAAUCACUCCACAGCCCUGCGUUGUGGAUUUAUUGGACUCCAUUCAGGAUAUGGACCUUUGUCACGGGCUUUCAGCCAAGGGAGACACUGAUGAAGCUAAAGAAAGAAGACUCUGUGAAAGUAAUGUUGGCUUUAACAAAGACUGUAGCAAGAAUGCAGAGUGUUCAUCUUUAGGGUGUUUUCAAACACAGGAACAUAUACUUUCUGAAAAAACAGGCCUCACUUGGAUUUUAGAACAGACAGACAGUUUAGUAAAACAGCUAGGAGUACCAGUAGAUGUAUUACAACAUCUCAAACAACUGUGAAAAUUGUCUUCACUUUGCUAAUGAAAAUAAUAUUAAGAAUUUUUCAUGGAA